CCGCGGAGACCACCGAGAUGGGCAGCCUCCUGGCGGCCUAGAGGGGUGCUGGGCGCGCGCGCUCACUUCCGCAUCGGCUUUUAGCUACCAGCUUCUGGGUGUUCGGAGAGGAAGAGCGUGGGUUCCAGCGAGAUCUACGUGCAGGUCCGCCCGGUGCCGGCGUCCUCGCUUUCGCAGGCGACUCGUCAGCAUCCCUUCCCCUGAACUCGGUCUCAGUGCUGGCUCCCUCCCCCGUGACCCGGAGCUCCGGCGUCUGGGCCUUGCAGAAGCCGCCCGAGGUGGCUGCACGGCCUGCGAGAGCCUUAGUCCAGACAGCCCCCUGCCUACCGAGGCGUGAUCCUCUUUUCUAUCUUAAAAGAAUUUGGCCCAACAGCUUCCUGCGCCCGCUUCUAAGGUCCUUGCUUUUCCAAAUUCAGAAGACAGUGCAUGAAGCCAGGGGACAGCAGCCAUGCUCCAAACAACUUGGCCUCAGGAGUCAGUGACCUUUGAGGACGUGGCUGUGUACUUCACCGAGAAUCAGUGGGCCGGCCUGGACCCUGUGCAGAGGGCCCUGUACAGGGAGGUGAUGCUGGAGAAUUAUGCAAAUGUGGCCUCCCUGGCAUUUCCACUCCCCAAACCUGUUUUGAUCUCCCAGCUGGAGAAAGGGGACGCACCUUGGGGCCCAGAUCCCUGGGAAGCAGAGGUUUUGAGAGGCGUCUGUCCAGGUGGUGAGUCCUGGAUCAAGAAUGAAGAGCCAGCUGUAAAGCAGGAAGCCUCUGAAGAAACAGAGCUGCCCAGAGUGCCAACAGGCGGACUCAGAAACAUUUCUCAGCACGUUGAUUUUAGAAGCAAGGCAACGUGGCAUACUUUCAGCCUGAACCCGAAUCUGAUACUUCGAGGGGGAAUGAAGUUCUACGAAUGCAAAGAAUGUGGGAAAAUCUUCAGAUACAACUCCAAGCUGAUUCGGCACCAGAUGAGUCACACUGGGGAGAAGCCCUUCAAAUGUAAGGAAUGUGGCAAAGCCUUCAAGUCCAGCUAUGACUGUAUUGUGCACGAGAAGAACCACAUUGGAGAAGGGCCUUACGAGUGCAAGGAGUGUGGCAAAGGUUUGAGUUCCAACACAGCCCUGACUCAGCACCAGCGGAUCCACACCGGAGAGAAACCCUACGAAUGCAAGGAGUGUGGGAAAGCCUUCCGUCGGAGUGCAGCCUAUCUCCAGCAUCAGAGGCUGCACACGGGGGAGAAACUCUACAAAUGCAAGGAAUGUUGGAAAGCCUUUGGUUGCAGGUCACUUUUUAUCGUCCACCAGAGAAUUCAUACUGGGGAGAAACCCUACCAGUGUAAAGAGUGUGGCAAGGCGUUCACGCAGAAGAUAGCCUCCAUCCAGCAUCAGCGAGUUCACACCGGAGAGAAGCCUUAUGAGUGUAAGGUGUGUGGGAAAGCCUUCAAGUGGUACGGCAGUUUCGUUCAGCAUCAGAAGCUGCACCCCGUGGAGAAGAAGCCCGCAAAGGUUCUUGGGCCGACCCUGAAGGGUCCCCAGAGCCCCUCGUCAGCCUUUUCUCCGGGUCCUCUCCAGACUCCAUGCUCGGCUCCGGCUGUGGCCGUGCCCUCACCGACCUUUCCGCGUGCCGUGUUCAUCCCCGCCUCUGGGCCUCUGCUCAUGCUGCUGCCCAUGUCUGGAAUACCUUCGUCACCUGUGCAGAUAGUAAGAGUCCUCCAGGGCCUUCCUCCCACUGUGAAGUCUUCCCCAAUUAUCCUGACCCCUUCUCACCCUUCAUGAGUUUUAUUUUGCUACGCCUGUGGCUCUUACACCCAGCAAAUCCCCAACCUAAUUUGAGUUUUGUUUGUAUUUUUCCCCACCUUACAUGUGUUACAACUGUUUCAGCAUAAACUCCAUUGUGAUCUAUAUCUAUUUAAAUACUGUUCUUAUGUGAUUUAUUCUCUUUUCUUCUGGCUAGAACAUGGAAAUACUUGACCUCUGCACUGGCCCCUUUCAGGCUUGAACAGUAAUGGCUGUAUCUGCAUUGUAUGUGCUGGUGUUCGAAGUCCUGGCAGGGCACUUGGGUGGGUUAGAGAAGUCGGGGACAGAGGCCAUCCCUUUGGCCGCUGUGAUUAGAGAGAAACAGCCGCGAGAAACGGAGGAGGCAUCCUCUAGAAAAUUAGAAUAAACCUCCAAUGACGAACUUUAGAAAUGAAGCAGACAGUUUAGGGGACGAAGGCGAUUAUUAAUGCAGAUGAAGUGGCAUUGGCCUGGGCGCCGACAGCGAGGCUCUCGUGCAUCUAUGCGAAAGAUCUCGCAAAACAACCAGUGGAAAGGAGCGCGUGUGCAGUGAUCGCAGUCAUUCACAUGGUCGAUGCCAAUCAUGUCUCGAAUCACGGUUUUUUUCUUUAGUUUUGCUCUUGAUGUUUAGAUUUUUUUUUAACUUUGGUUUCCUGAGUAAAUAUACACCAAGGCAUUUGUCUUUGUCCUGUCUGUUGUGUAAAUUUUUCUUGGUGGGUAUUCCGGUUUUCGGUUUGCAAGCACUGGCUUCUACAUUGUCUCUAGAUAGCAGGAAUUGUAACAGUGAAUUGGGCAAAUUACUAAAGAAAUAGGAGCACUGGUGUAAAGCCAACUUGGGGGGAAUCUGAAUAAGUCUCUACAAUUGUUAAGGAAUAAAGGGGGCUGUGAAAUGGGUUAAUGGUUAAGCUUAUGUGAUAGGCUAGUGAAGUGGAAUCUUGGGUUGUGCUUGCUUUUGACCCUGACAAGGACCUUGGACAGCUAUGCAAAGGACUGUGGAGGAAUUCUUGGAAAAAGAACUUAAGUUCAUUAUUAGCAUUAGUGUAAAGUAAAUCCUCAAACAUGGAUGAGAAGGGCCGUCCAUUUUUAUUUCCCCUAGCUGUUUGUCCAUGGCAUUUAACAGAAAAACCUUUAAAUGAGUGGUUCUUAAACUUUACCAUGUGAAUAACCUGGUGUAAAAAGAGUAGUUUUCUGACCUAACUCUCAGAAACUCUGAUUUUGGAUGCCUGUGGGGAUGCUUAGACCUUCAACGUGGACGGUGCUUCGAGAGAGACGCUGUGAGCAGGAAAUGCGUGUGGGCUGUUGGGAGGCAUCCAUUGAUAAAGGGUUCGAGUGGGACUGCCUCAUUUCACAGCGGAUCUCCAGGAGACAGACGUCUAAAAGUAGUUAGGGUGGUGUCAGUGCAGAAGAGAGAAAAAUGGACAUUGGCCUGUCGGGAAAGACACGGGCAGAGAGAUGUGGUGUGGCCUCUGAAGAGCUCUGAGGUCUCCACUGCCAGCAGGUUUGUGGGUUUCACAUUGGCUGCCUUUUGCAAUUUAUUUGCUUGUUGGCUGAAGUAAUGAGGACAUUUUUUUUCUCAUAUAAAGUUAAUACACUUGAAAAUAGCUCGGGUUCAAGAGCUCAAAAUGGAUGUUACAGAUGAUUUAGAACAGUAAAAACAGGACAGGACAUAGCAAGAGUCCAUGCGAUGUGGCCAAAGGUGAUGCUCAGAGCAGUAUAUACAGUCUUGGAUGCAUUCUUUAGAAAACAAGUUAGAAGGUUUGAGAUUCAGAAAGCUGGGGUGUUGUUUGGUGGUGAGAAACAAAAAAAAGUAAGAAAAAAAUAAACAAGCAAACAGGUAAAAAAAAACAUCCAAAAUAAACUGAGCAGAAAUAAGUUAUACAACAAGAGUUUUGGGUAAAGAUGGUGUUCAAAUAUGUUAGCAUUCACACCCUCCUGAAACCCCACUAAAACAGUAAAGAGAUUAAAAAUGAAAGGCAGAAACUCACAAAGACAAUAAAGAUGAUAACAUUUUGGAAGUUCAGAAGCAAGUGAGAGUUGUAACUCUUAGCCGACCUGAGAAAGGUGAAUCCUAAGCCACACGGGGAAGCCGAGCAACCAUCCUAUAUGGCAGAAUUCUCAAAAAGGCUUGGGAACUGAGGAGUCGGGUAGUGGGCUAAGAACAGGAGCAUUGGCUAAAAAGUCUUUGAGAAACACUCAGAGCCUCAGGGCACCUCCCACCCCUCUGUCUCUAGAGCAGUAAGACAGGAAUUUUGGAGGAGGUAGGGGCACCACACUGAAUGCUGAGUCCUCUCCCUUGCCCUCUGGCCUUCGUGGGUAGGGGAGGUCAAUAUCAAGAUUAGUUUCUGCCAAUGAAUUUAUAAAUUAAAAGCAAUUCCAAUAAAAUUUUCCAAGGGGUAUGUGUGUGUGUGUGUGUGUGUGUGUGUGUGUGUGUGUCCUGACGAGCUGAUUAUAAAAUUUACAUGGAUGAGCAAAGAACAAAGAAUGGCUAUGACAAUUUUGAAGAAAGAGGCGGGGGUUUUGUGCUACCAGACACUAAAUAUCAUGAUCAUCAUCAACAGAACCAAACAAAGCAAAACCCAAAAACCCCAAGUUAAAUUUAAAGAAAAAAAAAUAGAUACACCAGAAUAUGAUUUGUAUAAAUUAAGAAAUCUAUACUGUUUAGGAAUAUACAUAUUUUGUGCAAAAGUACACGUACAAAAUGCAAAAUGAUAGAGAAAUGCAUUAGAGAUCAAGCAUCAGUAGUAUAUGCUGAGAAAAUAUGAAAGGGAUUUCUGCCCCUCCACUACCUCCUUUACUGUCCUCUUCCUACCAUUUUCAUCCUGUCCCAAAUGCCAGGAACCCAGGCCCAAAUGCUCCCCACCAAUUGUCCAACACCACCUACCUUGGUCACCUAUUUCUUGUCUGAAAACAAGCAAUAGUAGCCAGAUACUUGGUUUCUAAAAUACCUUGAAUUAAUGAUUCUCAAAGUACUUUGUAAAAUGUGGUCUCUUAACAUCCUUAUAAGCAGAUCAGAACUAAUACGUUAUUUCUUUCACGGAAUUUGCUUUAAUCUAAAAAUCCUAUCGUUUUAAAAGCCAGAUGAUUGAAUAUAUUGCUUAAAGAAAACAUUUUGGAAAUUUUAUUACAUGAAGCCCAGUUUUAAGGCUGGCUUAUAUCUCCUAAAUGAACCAAUAAUCAAUGUUAUAAUUUCAUUUCUGUGGAUCUACUUACUAGUUACAAUGGAUUUGUGGUGUUACAGGAAAUUUUAAUUGCCCCAAAAGUUUCAAUUUACACCACUUUGCUGUCUCCACAAGAGCACCUGUCAAUUUUAGUAAUGCUAAAAAUAGGUACUUUCCUGGUACUGUUUAACAUUCCACAUUUAAGCACAAUGCAUGGGGAGUGAGAUUUUCUGUCUAAAGUUUGUGUAGAAAGACACUCCAGAGAUGGUAGAUGACCUUGCUCAAGGUCACGGUGGUCUUUUGAUGCCCACUUUCAGCUCUGAUGUUAACUUUCUAAGAAAAACAGUCUCAAAUAUAGCAGGAGUUUUCAGUGUAUAAUGUAAUUACUUACAUGGAGUAGCUUUUUUUUUCUUGCUGUUGUUUUGCAUGCAAUCUUAGCAGUUUAGUUGUAAUUUGUUCUUCAGUGCCUACUAGCAAAUUGGUUAAUUAUGGAUGAGUUAUGUCCAUUGGAUUGUAAAAGUGUAAAUAAUGAGUCUCAAAUGUGAAGGCAGCAGAAUCGGAAGCCAAAUUGUGUUUGUUCCUGAGACUGGAGGUUCUCUUUACAGCCAUCGUCUGCUGGUAACAGGGCAGUUUUCUUGUGCUUCUCUCAUUUUUUAAUAAAUAAGAUGCCUAACUGUUUUAUGAACAA